GUUUCAUCCUAGUGCUGAAGAAGAGAGUUAACGCAACUGUAACAUUUUGUAAUACCCUUCUUUUCCAGCUGUAGCUUGAACUGCUGUUCUGUAUGAAGUUGAUGAAAAAUCCACAAUAUGCCACAAUUGAUUGGAGUGAAAUUGCUGUCCCAAACAUGUCUCGACUUUGUUAUCAAUAAUAUGGCUGUGAUGUGUGAGAAGCUACCAAAGGCUGAUUUUGCUACCACUACUAGCAACCAAACAAGCCAAAGUCCUUUUGAUCAUUUAUCUUCAAAGUUCUUGGAGGAAAUCAUUGGUGCUCUCCAAACCAAAAGAUGUUUGAAAAAAUUCCUUCAUUUAUUGGCAGCUCCACAACUAGGUACCUUGAAUCUGAGAGGCAGCAGAUAUUUUUCAGGGUUCGAAGAUGAUUGUUCUAUUCAUUUUGAAUUGAAUUCACUGAGAUGUGUAUACUUACAAAACCUAUCUCUCAGCUGGUCAUCUCUCAGUAAUGACAAAUUCUUGACUUCGGUUAUUCCUAUGUAUGUUAAAUUACAAGUUCUGGACAUAUCAUAUUCUGAAGCUGGGGACAGCAGCUUAGAAGUAAUAGGAACUUAUUGCACAAAUUUGAGAGAAUUGGAAUUAACGGAUUGCAGAAAUAUUUCAGAUAUUGGAGUUAAAGGGCUGUGUGUUAGUACUGCGCAUAAUCUAGGAAGGGAAGAUGAAAAAUUGGGACUGCACAAGUCUCUUCUUAAAUUGGAUUCGUCUGGUACUCAAAUUACCAAUGCAGGAAUCCAAUUGGGAUUGGAAACUUUCCGUAGUCUUAAAGUCUGGGAUAUGGCUACUGUACAAGUCUUGGCGGAAAUUCACACAGAAGAUUUCUUGAAUCGAUCCCUGGAGAUUCCAAAGUAUUCCCUUAUGAAUUUGAAAAUCGCUUCUCGUUGCGACUACAUCCUUAAAACUUUGGGAUUAGUUUUGUCUCUGUGUCCCUUUGUGAUUGAGGUAGAAAUCCAUAUCGUCCGAGGACUGACCGAUAGUGAUUUGCUAAGUUUGUUAUCCCUUGAAAAACUCCGCAAACUGAAAUUGAAUGGAUGUGAACGCGUCGAUUCCUAUAUCACGUUUGGUGGCGGCGUGACUCCAAUUUUAGAAGCCUUUGGAAAUUCGUCACUGAAGAAACUUUCUCUGGCUUUUUUGCGUGAUGUCAAUAUUCAGGUAAUCGCACAGCUUUGCCCGAACCUGGACCUCCUUGACCUCUUCGACAAUUUGAGCUAUUCCACCGCAAAACUCGAUGAAGAAUGGGUCAAGAUUGAGUCUCUAGUAUUAAAGCAACUUGAAAAGCUUAGCCUGUUUGCGGGUUUUUCAAGGCCUAUCAGUAUUCCGCGCGAACACUUCGUCUUGUUGUUGUCUGCCCCUUCUCUUACGGACAUAUAUAUUGAUGGUUGUUGUACGCUCAAUGACGACGUCCUACAAGAGGUCGCUCGAGUUCAGAAGUUCCAUCAUCUUGAAAAUUUGGAAGUUAAAGAAUGCCACAAUGUCACCGAGAAAGGAAUUGAUGUCUUCAUGAACGCCCUAAACCCUCUUAAGAAGAUUGUGUUACAUAUGUGUCGUCAAGUAAAGGAGAGUAAUGUUGAUUAUUGGGUAAAGCAAGCUAAAAUGAACAACUGGCAAAUAUCGAUCGAGUUCACCACUGAGAACUUUGAUCGCUUUGAUUUUUACGGUGAAGAAUCUGACUCGGAACCUGAAGACGGCUAUGAUUAUUAUGGGUAUCAAUUUUAUGAUUGCGAGGAAUCUUGCGAGGAAUCUUCUUCGGAUGGAUAUGUGGAUGAAGGAGAUUGGUGGAAUUAAAGUAAUUUUAUGAUUUCAAUUAGAUCUUAGAUUCAGUGAACAUCUGUAAAUGUUUCUUAUUUCUUAUGUAUUCAUGUCAUGUAUCGUUCUUACUUCAUGAAAUUCUUUGUAUGCAGAAACAACCUCGUAUGCUUAUUUUAUUGCUAAGUGUCCUUAAUGGUGUUUUAGAAUGGGUCUUAGAAUUAGGAAUGGAUUUUCUGUUUUUUUUCAUCGAAUUUCCUAAACUUAAAAUGAAUCGUGAAGCUUAACGCGAAAAUAAUACUUCUUGUCUAAUUCACUCUUCUCAUGUAACAUGUAUGCCGAAAGGAUACGAUUGGAUUUUAUGUCUAAGCUUGAUCCCACCCACUAAUAAUAAAUUAAGGUUUGAACAUAGA